AUGUCUGAUAUCAAUCUGGCAUAUUCUUUUGGAAAUCCUAUGGCAACUGACUCCAUUUAUUCAGAUACAGGGUUACCGACUUAUGUCCCUGGAGGAGAGAAUAUUAUUGAUAAGGACAGAGAUAGGUUGAUCAAUGAGCGGUUUGCAAGUUGUCAGUUUUUAUUCCCAGCUUUGCGAGGCUUAGUGAAGCUUUGCUUGAAUAUUAAGUCGCGUGUUCCACUUCCCGAAUUGUGCUCUCGCUUAUCUCAAAUUGAGGUUGAGUGGCACUCACGUUGUGGUACUCUUAAGGAUUGCUUGACAUGUGCUGGAAAGGGUGAACCAUUUGCUGUGGAAAGAAAUAUGAAGGUGAAGAUAUACCUUGCAUUCAAAGCGUUCUUGCUUUCUAUUUAUUUCCACCUUUCUUUACACUACGAGGCUAAGAAUUCAGACCUUGCAUUUUUCUACUUGAAAAAAUGCUUGCUCAUUACCACAUCUGACAUUAUGCCUCAUUACUCUGCGUUGUUGGGCCAAAGUGAAGUGAUCAGUGAUAUGUUCAUCAAUCCAAACCUCGAAGUUGCGGUCCAUAAGUCCAAUAUGAUCUACUUGUCUGCCAUGGUGAGGGUGAACUUCAUGAUCUUUAAUAUGAGACAAAACGCAGAGCAUGGCCGGCUUUGCAAGGAAGACAAGAAGUACUUAGCAUAUUUCCAGCUUUUAUGUCAAGUGUCGUCCUGUUUGACAAGAGCAGCAGAGUAUACUAUCAGUGCAAUCAGUAAGAUCAGCAAUCGGUAUUACUAUGCCUGGAGAAUUGCAAAAGGUCAGACAUUCUUGUUAAAGACGAUCACUUCCAAUGACUUCUACGAAGCCAACUUUCACAAUGCUUAUCUGUUGUACUCGCUGAAAUACUCUUCAGAACAGCUCGAAGAGAUUGUUAAACUUUGUGAGGCUACCUUGUCCAAGUACCGUCAUUCUGAGUUCUGUACUUACGGAUUUUCUAAGCAAGCGGAAAAGUUUUUCAAUUGUGGUUACACUCCUGACAGUGUACGUUCUGAAGGACUGACGGCCAGCACUGGUGCCACAAGUAAGGCAGCCGAUCCAGAAAUCGAUAAAUUGUGGUUGCAAGUUCUCUCUAUGAAGCACGAUCUGCUGUUGGCAGGGAACUUCCAGGAUGGACAUGUGGACGCAAAAACACCAAUGCCUCCACCUACUGUAGGACCUAAUGAGGGAUUAUAUGAACUGCCUCGCCAAAGCAUUGUUGGGUUUGAUCUUAAUACACCAGGAGGUGCACCAAAUAACGUUGAUCGUGUUGGAUACGACAUUGAGAUGUCCAAUAAGUUUGAUAUGUUCAGUGACUUGCCAUUUGACCAGAUGUUUAAUUUUUAG